UUACAAGUGCGCAAACCCGCAGCAUGCUUUAAAACCGCGGAUGCUGAUCCGGUUAAUCUUUUGGCUACCGUCGAGUCAAUUCUCAAAAACUCCCAGGAACCGGACGAUACGAAGCACCUCAUCCGACCGCAGGUUAUGUCCUUAAUUUUAACGCAUAAAUCACGGGUGUCAAUUUCGAGGGCGGAUCAGGACGCCAUCAAGACACUGAAUGCUGGCAGGAGCAUCGUAGUAUUGCCAGCUAACAAGAGGCGCUCCACAGUUGUACUUGAUAAGGCUGAAUACCUCCGAAGGGCCAAAGUUCUGCUCGGUGACCCCAAUGCCUACCGCCAGUGCGAUAGAGAUGCGAUGAAGAAGCUAGUGACACAACUCAACACGGCACUCGUGGGACUGCAGAAUAACGGUGCCAUUUCAAAAAUCGAACGACUAAAUAUAAAACCAAGCGUUUAA